AUGCGAGAUGCUUUAAUAGGCUCCUGGUACAACAGUGGCUUCUACGGGCACUAUCGAGGCCAAGUCAAGAGCGAGAGUGCGGGAGAAUAUCGCCUUGCAGCCAAGCCCCCUCCCCCAGCAGUGUUCCUGCAGAGAUGUGAGGAGCCAGUAAGACAACACUUCUUCUCCAAGCACGACAACCGAACUUCCUUCGACAAAGGCCCCUACUGGCUGCUGCAGGGAAUUGGAAGACGCAAAGACCUGGAGCGCCUGUGGAAAAGACACACCUUCCUGCGCUGGGCACCCUGCGAGCUGGAAUUGAGCCAGCAGCCGCCACUGGAAUCUUCCUACCAGACUGAUUUCGGGUCAGGCUCAGGACUCAGCAGGCUCCCCCAGCGCCUUGUUCACUUUAUGCAGAUCCAGCCUCCCUAUGUCAGCACCACCUACCAGCACAACUUCUGCCACCCAUCCCGGGGCGGCCACUGUGGUAGCGCCAAGGUAAGGCCCCAAGAGCCAGCCACUGAAAUCCGGCCUGACCGCCCUGGGAUCCCGAGACCCAAGUUACUGCAGCACUAUCUUCACGAUGGAGUUUCUGAGUGUUUAAACUGGUCCCAAGCAUUAAACAGGUUAUGCUGA